CGAGCUGGGUGGGAGGGGCCGCGGCGGGGAGGCGCGCGGGGCCCGGGCGCCGGUAGGGGCGGCAGCAGGCGGGGCCGUGCGGUUCCGGCUGUCGGGGCCCGGCGACUCUAGGGUUCGCUGCGCGGGCUAGGCGGGCUCCGGGGAGCGAGCGUCGGCUUCCGCUCGGACGGGCUCUGGCAGCGGGGUCGGCCGCGGCGCCCGGCGCGCCCCGGUACCCUCGGCCUCCGGCGUCGGGGCGGGGGAGGGAGGAGAUGCCGACCCAGCGGGACGGCGGCAGCAUGUCCCAUCCGGGCGGCGGCGGCGGCGGUGGGGACCAUGCCCAUCAGGUCCGGGUGAAAGCUUAUUACCGCGGGGAUAUCAUGAUAACACAUUUUGAGCCUUCCAUCUCCUUUGAGGGCCUUUGCAAUGAGGUUCGGGACAUGUGUUCUUUUGACAACGAGCAGCUUUUCACCAUGAAAUGGAUAGAUGAGGAAGGAGACCCAUGUACAGUAUCAUCUCAGUUGGAGCUAGAAGAAGCCUUUCGACUUUAUGAGCUAAACAAGGAUUCUGAACUCUUGAUUCAUGUAUUUCCUUGUGUGCCAGAACGUCCUGGAAUGCCUUGCCCAGGGGAAGACAAAUCCAUCUACCGUAGGGGUGCACGUCGCUGGAGAAAGCUUUAUUGUGCAAAUGGUCACACUUUUCAAGCCAAACGCUUCAACCGGCGUGCUCACUGUGCCAUUUGCACAGAUCGCAUAUGGGGACUUGGACGCCAGGGGUACAAGUGCAUCAACUGCAAACUACUGGUUCAUAAGAAGUGCCACAAGCUGGUCACAAUUGAAUGUGGGCGGCAUUCUCUACCCCCGGAACCAAUGAUGCCAAUGGAUCAGUCUUCCAUGCACUCAGACCAUGCACAGACAGUAAUUCCAUAUAAUCCUUCCAGUCAUGAGAGUUUGGACCAAGUUGGUGAAGAAAAAGAGGCAAUGAACACCAGAGAAAGUGGCAAAGCUUCAUCCAGUUUAGGUCUCCAGGAUUUUGAUUUGCUUCGGGUAAUAGGGAGAGGAAGUUAUGCCAAAGUACUGUUGGUUCGAUUAAAAAAAACGGAUCGUAUUUAUGCAAUGAAAGUUGUGAAAAAAGAGCUUGUCAAUGAUGACGAGGAUAUUGAUUGGGUGCAGACAGAGAAGCAUGUUUUUGAGCAGGCGUCCAAUCAUCCUUUUCUUGUUGGGCUGCAUUCUUGCUUUCAGACUGAAAGCAGAUUGUUCUUUGUUAUAGAGUAUGUAAAUGGAGGAGAUCUAAUGUUUCAUAUGCAGCGACAAAGAAAACUUCCUGAAGAACAUGCCAGGUUUUACUCUGCAGAAAUUAGUCUAGCUUUAAAUUAUCUUCAUGAGCGAGGGAUAAUUUACAGAGAUUUGAAAUUGGACAAUGUAUUGCUGGACUCGGAAGGGCACAUUAAGCUCACUGACUAUGGCAUGUGUAAGGAAGGUUUGCGGCCUGGAGAUACAACCAGUACUUUUUGUGGUACUCCCAAUUACAUUGCUCCUGAAAUUUUAAGAGGAGAAGAUUAUGGUUUCAGUGUUGACUGGUGGGCUCUUGGAGUUCUGAUGUUUGAGAUGAUGGCUGGAAGGUCUCCAUUUGAUAUCGUCGGGAGCUCUGAUAACCCUGAUCAAAACACAGAAGAUUAUCUUUUCCAAGUUAUUUUAGAAAAACAAAUUCGAAUACCACGUUCUCUAUCUGUAAAAGCUGCAAGUGUUCUUAAGAGUUUUCUCAACAAGGACCCAAAGGAGCGGCUGGGUUGUCAUCCUCAAACGGGAUUUGCUGAUAUUCAGGGACACCCAUUCUUUCGAAAUGUUGACUGGGAUAUGAUGGAGCAAAAACAGGUGGUACCUCCCUUUAAACCAAAUAUUUCUGGAGAAUUUGGUUUGGACAACUUUGAUUCUCAGUUUACUAAUGAACCUGUCCAGCUUACUCCAGAUGAUGAUGACAUUGUGAGGAAGAUUGAUCAGUCUGAAUUUGAAGGUUUUGAAUAUAUCAAUCCUCUUUUGAUGUCUGCAGAAGAAUGUGUCUGAUCCUCACUUUUCAGCUCUGCAUUCUGCUUAUGUUGCCAUUUAAUGCAUGGAUGAACUCCUUGUCAGCCUCCAUAGAGUUAACCCACUUAUAUUUGCCACCUGCUACAAAACCAUCCAACACCCUAUUAUAUAUAGACUAUCGUAAUUGGUACAUUGAAGUGUAACUGUGAAAAGGAAUCAAAGCUAGCUUCCAGACAAUCAUGUCAAAAUUUUGUUGUUCUGGUUCUUCAGAGGCCUAUUGAUGAGCACUGAAGUUAUCCUUUUUGUUUAAGGAAACACCACUGCUUUUUAAAGGAAGUCUGUUUUGCAUUAAGGCACAUAGUGAGAUUAAGCAUAAGCCAACCAUAAUUUUGGUCAUUCUGUAUUAAAUCAUUUGAGGAUUUACUUUUGAAAUAGAAGUUUAAUUAACAAUACAACUUUUUAUAGUACAUUUCUGCUUUGGAAUUCUUUAUAUUUAAAAAUCCUGCUAUAAAUGUUCUCAUUGCCUUGGAUAAUUACAUUUUUCAUUUUAAGGCCACAGCUAUUAAAUUGAUAAUAAAAGAUAUUGCUUGUUUAGAAUUGUGGAAAACAGAUUCUUCUUGAGUUGAAAAAUAGAUAUGUUUUAUUAAGAAUCAGAUUCCAAGCUGUGUGCUGGUGGCUCCUGCCUGCAAUACUAUCUACUCGGGGCUGAGACUUGGAAGAUCAAGGUUCAAAGCCAGUCUGGGCAAAAAAGUCCAUGAGACUCCAUCUCCAAAAUAAUCAGCAAA